AUGGAGUACAAGUACCUGGACGAGGUGGACGAGACCCUCGAGUGUAUGGUGUGCCACGAACCGCUGGUGGACCCCGUCGUGGAGCCCAACUGUCGUGUGACCUUCUGCCGCCGCUGCGUGAGCCCGUGGGUCGCCGAGAAGCACAGCUGCCCGAGCUGCCGCGGGGCUACGUCCGUGGCCCAGCUCCACCCGGCCCCGCGCAUCAUCACCCAUGCAACGGCCGACACCAACGCGGCAAUCUCGCGCGUCACAUCCAACUCUGUCCCAAACCUUGCCGCCCACGUCCUGACCUGCCCGCUCGCACCCCUGCGACCCUUCCUUCUCCGCAUGCAGGCGCUCGAGGCCGAAGUCGCCCAACUCAGGCCCUUCCGCCUCCGCACGCAGGCGCUCGAGGCCGAGGUCGCCAAACUCAAGCGGGCGCUCCGGCCCCGCGGCCGCUUCGUCCGCGCAUGGGGCACCAGGGGGUCGGCCGACGCCCAGUUCAGCGCGCCGUGCGGCCUGGCCAUCGCCCAGGGCCAGGGCGGCGGCCUAGUGGUGGUGGCCGACCACAACAACCACCGCGUGCAGGUGUUCGACGCCGAGGGCCGCCUGCGGGCCAAGUUCGGCGGCGAGGGCUCGGCGCUCGGGCGGUUCUACCACCCGCGCGGCGUGGCCACCCUGGCGGUGGGCGGCGGUGGCCGCCUCGUGGUGCUGGUGGCCGACCGCGACAACCACCGCGUGCAGGUCUUCGACGACCAGGGCCGAGUGCAGAGCGCGUUCGGCACGCAGGGCCGGCGCCACGGUCAGCUGGAGCAGCCGUGGGGCGUGGCCGUGGACCCGCAGCGCGGCCACGCUGUGUUCGUGAGCGACUCAGGCAACCACCGCGUGCAGGCGUUCGACCUGCAGGGCAACCACCUGCACUCGUUCGGCGCGCAGGGCGACCAGCCGGGCCAGCUGCAGCAGCCGUGCGGCAUCGCCGUCGAUCGCCGCCGCGGGCUGGUGUGGGUGGCCGACACCGACAACCACCGCGUGCAGGUGUUCGACGGCCAGGGCCGCUUCCUGCGCGGCUUCGGCGGCGAGGGCGCGGGCGAGGGCCGCUUCCAGUUCCCGCGCGACAUCGUCGUGGUCGAUGGAGAUGACGAUGAUGACGAUGACAGCACGACGAGAGUGUACGUGACGGACAACCACCGAGUGCAGAUGUUCGACGGCCACGGGUGGUUCCUGGGCGCCAUCGGGCGCGAGGGCCGGGCCGAGGGCUGCUUCGACCACCCGCGCGGCGUGGCGGUCGACAGCCAGGGCCGCGUCUUCGUGGCCGACAGCGCCAACCACCGCGUGCAGGUCUUCACCUUUGGCAAGUGA